GGCCCGGGCGGAGAGCGGGAGGGGCGCGGAGCCGAGCCGGGCCCGCGCCGCGCGCCCCGCCGGGCGGGCUUCGGGCUGCGCCAGCUAGCCGGGCCCAUAGAGCCCGCGUCGGAGACCCUACACCGGACCCUGAAGCAGCGACUUAUGACCACCCCUGCAUGUGGGGACAGACUGGAAGAAGGGAUGAGGGUGGUGAAAAUUUGCUGUUCUCCAUACGUGUGGGAAAAGACCUGAGAGAAUGGAAUACUACAAAGGCAGCGAACCAGCUUGGCAGUGAACUUACCCACCAUCUAAGGCUGAUAGGGCCUGAAGAUCCUGAAGAGCAAGAGUUUUGCCAGGCUCCCUGGUUUUGGGGCCUGAUAGGACACAACAUUAACACUGGGCAUCUGGGUAGAAGACAGUCUGCAGGACACUGAAGGGGAGGUUGGAGAUAGAAGAGGGCUUCUUGCCUGGUUUCUGGUGGUACCGGGGCAGGGGGUUGGGGGUAGGGAGAUUUAAAUGCCUGAAAGGUAUUGGGCUGGUUUGAGCAUCUAGCCAGCAGCCCGAACUGCCUAGUGCCCCUACCCUGAUGGAUUAUGCAGAUCUCUGGAGCAGGUGUUCCCAGGUGCAGACUUGAGACAAAGAAACCAGGAAGUCGGGCCUCCCUGAGCUCAGAGGAGAAAACUGCAGUCCGGGAUGGCUCGGUCGGCCCGUCCAAAGUCGCGCAGCUGGUUCGGGCCGAGCCCCGACUGCGAGAGUCAGCCACAUGGCCCCUGCAGACCGGGCCUCGGAGGGUCCCAGGCUUGAGGACCCGUCGACCCCCUACUCCCUUGGAAAGGCAAGGAGAGAAGCCUGCGCUGGUAUGCCCUCCUGGCUUAGUCAUGGCGAAGCUCGAGACACUGCCCGUGCGUGCUGACCCAGGGCGGGAUCCCCUCCUGGCCUUUGCCCCACGGCCCUCUGAGCUUGGACCCCCAGAUCCCCGCCUGGCCAUGGGCAGUGUAGGCAGUGGGGUGGCCCAUGCCCAAGAGUUUGCCAUGAAGAGCGUGGGCACCCGCACAGGGGGUGGGGGAAACCAGGGCAGUUUCCCAGGCCCCCGAGGCAGUGGCAGUGGAACCAGCAGGGAGAGGCCAGGCCGAUACCCCUCAGAGGACAAGGCUCUCGCCAACUCCCUCUACCUCAACGGCGAGCUGCGGGGCAGUGACCACACAGAUGUCUGCGGCAAUGUGGUGGGUAGCAGCGGUGGCAGCAGCAGCAGCGGUGGGAGUGACAAGGCUCCACCACAGUAUCGUGAGCCCAGCCACCCACCCAAGCUCUUGGCCACCUCUGGCAAGCUAGACCAGUGCUCAGAGCCACUAGUUCGGCCAUCGGCCUUCAAGCCUGUUGUACCCAAGAAUUUCCAUUCCAUGCAGAACUUGUGUCCCCCGCAGACCAACGGGACCCCUGAGGGACGACAGGGCCCUGGUGGCCUCAAGGGUGGACUGGAAAAGUCUCGGACCAUGACCCCAGCAGGUGGAAGUGGGGGCGGCCUCUCAGACUCAGGCCGGAACUCACUCACAAGCCUGCCCACCUACAGCUCCAGUUACAGCCAGCACCUGGCACCCCUCAGUGCUUCCACUAGUCACAUCAACCGCAUUGGCACUGCCAGCUAUAGUAGUGGCAGCAGUGGUGGGGGUUCAGGCUACCAGGACCUGGGGACCUCUGACAGUGGGCGGGCCUCCAGCAAGAGUGGGUCAUCAUCAUCCAUGGGGCGGCCAAGCCACCUGGGAUCUGGGGAGGGCGGAGGUGGAGGCUUGCCAUUUGCAGCCUGCUCACCACCCUCGCCCAGUGCACUGAUCCAGGAGCUGGAGGAGCGGCUAUGGGAGAAAGAGCAGGAGGUGGCAGCUCUGCGGCGCAGUCUGGAGCAGAGCGAGGCAGCAGUGGCCCAGGUGCUGGAGGAGCGGCAGAAGGCAUGGGAGCGUGAGCUAGCCGAGCUGCGGCAGGGCUGUAGCGGGAAACUGCAGCAGGUGGCCCGCCGUGCCCAGCGAGCCCAGCAGGGGCUACAGCUGCAGGUGCUGCGACUGCAGCAAGACAAGAAGCAGCUUCAGGAAGAGGCGGCCCGGCUGAUGCGGCAACGGGAAGAGCUGGAGGACAAGGUGGCCGCCUGCCAGAAGGAGCAGGCCGACUUUCUGCCCCGGAUGGAGGAAACUAAGUGGGAGGUGUGCCAGAAGGCUGGGGAGAUUUCCCUCCUGAAGCAGCAGCUGAAGGACUCGCAGGCUGAUGUGUCCCAGAAGCUGAGUGAGAUCGUGGGGCUGCGCUCACAGCUGCGGGAGGGCCGGGCGUCACUGCGGGAGAAGGAGGAGCAGCUGCUCAGCCUGAGGGACUCCUUCGGCAGCAAACAGGCCAGCCUGGAGUUGGGUGAAGGUGAGCUGCCUGCCACCUGCCUCAAGCCGGCACUGACCCCCGUGGACCCUGCCGAACCACAGGAGGCACUGGCCACCUGCGAGAGUGAUGAGGCCAAGAUGCGCCGUCAGGCUGGGGUGGCAGCUGCUGCCUCCUUAGUUUCCAUGGACGGGGAGGUGGAUGCUGGAGGGGAGAACGGGACACGGGCCCUACGGCGGGAGGUGGGGCGAUUGCAGGCUGAACUGGCAGCAGAACGGAGGGCCCGGGAGCGCCAGGGUGCCAGCUUUGCAGAGGAGCGCCGUGUUUGGCUGGAGGAGAAGGAGAAGGUCAUUGAGUAUCAGAAGCAGCUGCAGCUGAGUUACGUGGAGAUGUACCAGCGCAACCAGCAGCUGGAGCGGAGGCUGCGGGAGCGUGGGGCGGCAGGGGGUGCAAGCACUCCUACCCCCCAACAUGGCGAGGAGAAGAAGGCCUGGACCCCUUCCCGCCUCGAGCGCAUUGAGUCCACAGAAAUCUGAUCCUCCAUCUGGGCAUGUGGCCUUCUGACAAGUGCCCUGUCUGAAGGCCAGAGUCCCCAGCAUCCCCUCCCUUCCAUCUCCCUUCCCCAUGUGCCCCAUAUCCCCAGACCAAAGAGGUUCUUAAAGCAGCUGUGACUACGCUCCUCCCUGCCCCCUCUUGCCCUCCCAUGUCCAGUACUGCCCCUGUGGGCAGCCACUCGGACCCUCCUUCCAAGGAGGGCAUGGGGAAAGGGCACAGUGCAUAGGGAUGAGAGCCCAGGCAGUAGGGUGCAUGCCUUCUUUCUGGGCAGCCCCUUAUUGGAGAUGGAGGCAGCAGGCCUGCAGUGCCAUGAGGUACCCCAGUUCCUCAGGGAGUCUGGGCUGCUGUUGUUGGCCACUUGUGUCCAGUGAUGCUCUCUGUGCUCACCUCCUAGGCCGUGGAGCCUGAGGGGGCCUGUACGGGUCUGCCAAGGCUGACAGACCCUGGGCUCCUGGCCUCUCUCCUUCCUGUGGUGUUAUCCCUCCCUGGGCAGAUUGGCAGGACAAGCAGGAGCAGAUGGCCUGCCUGUGGUUGAGAGGGCUACCUGCCCAGCCCCUCCCCCGCAAGGUCUCUUGGGCUCAGGCCUCAGAGCCUGGCCUGGUCCUGAGUGUGUAUUCCCUCUGUGUGUGUUGGGCUGGAAGCUCAGUGCCCAAGGGAGAUCUUCCCUCCUGUUCUUGGGAAGGGUCACCUGGAGGUUUCUACCUUCACCCUUCUGGCCAGGAUCCUGUAGGGCAAGAGCCUCAGCUGCUUGGCUGACCCCACACCAGGGCCACUGUUGGCUCUAACUACAGCUAUUAAGUGCUCCCUGCCUCUCAGGCACUCCCUUUGCCCAGCUUCUGAGGUCAGAUGAGUGUCUGUGAUGUCUUCCUGUGUCUUCCCUCACUCACUUCCCCCAGUCUCCUGCUUUCAUGCUCAGAACAUCAUCUUCCCAGGUUGCCUCUUCCCCAGUCUCACCUUUUCUUCUAGUAGAAAAUUCUGCUUGACCUUUGGUGCACUGCCCACUUCCCAGCUCCACUGGCCCAAGUCUGAGCCCGAGGCCCUGGUUUCGGGGGGCCAGGGAGGGUUAGAUGCAAUUGCCCUUGAAGAACAAGGCUGACCUGAGAGGAACACUGACCCCUUGGUUCCUUGUCAAGCUCUGAGUUGGCUCAACAUUUGCCCAGGGAGUCCGGGCAUGGCCAUUAGUAGGAGCUGGGACAGCCAAUGUCACUUCCUUCUCUGGUGGCCCUCUCAGAGUCUAUCUCCCCAAGAAAGGAAGGGAACUUGUAAUUUCUCUUCUAAGAAAGCAAAUUUAUAAUUCACCAGCAAUAAAAAUCAGAGGAGGUUUGGCCCUCAGCCCUUGUAUUUCUCUCUUUCACUCUGCUACCCCCAAGAUUGAGUUUGGGGGGCAGGGUGGAGAGAGCUGGCAACUACUGUGAGCAAGUCCCCAAGUCCCUGACCAGCCUCCUCCCAUGACUGGUGACUGUUUUAUGAGCUGUGCAUCCCCCACAAAAACAGGAGUGCCACUCCGUGUGGCCUCUAACCCUCUGCACAGCCUCUUGUGGGUGGUCCUCACAAGCUCUUUGAGCUGGACAGGAGGCCACCCUGACAACCACUGCCCAUUCCACUCACCCCUCACUGCACCUGCCCCAGAACCUGGGCCUGGGCCACAGGGGCUGGGAAAAGAGAAGGCAUUAGUAGGAAAAAAUAUAUAUAUAGAAAAAAAUAUGAACAGACUCAGCUUUGGGAUGUCCAACCACAAAAUAAAUUAUAUAUAAAUAUAUAUAAAUAUAUAUCUCUACCAUAUGUGAUGGAAAGACUUUUUGUUUUCCUUUCCCAAAGAAAUAAAAUGGAGAAAGCCUCUUGAAUGGCA